AUGACGCGGCCGGCGGGCAGAGGGCGGCGAGCUCGUGGCCCAGACCACCGCCGCAUCGACGACGUUGCAGCGCGGCGCGUUUGCUUCUCCAAGCGCCGGAGAGGGCUCCUCUCGAAGGCGGAGGCGUUCGCCGGGGCCAACCCAGGCUGGCGGGUGGCCGUGCUCGUCGUCUCCGAGUGCGGGCAGAUAUACGCUGCCUCUUACGGUGGAGGAGAAGGGCCCCACGCCGUCAUUCACCGGGCCAUCAACCGAACCCAGGCUUGUGGGCAGGAGUCUUCGUUGUCUCUGCCGCCGGUCUCAUCGUCAGGCUCUUCUACUCCGCUUCCCCCGACACCUUUCUUCUUCCCUUCCCCGUCGUCUCCACGAAUGACAACCGCCGGCGGGCAGAGUUUGGGUCUCCCAGGCGCAGCAGCUGCCGAUCACGCGGAGCAGGGCUUCUUCUCCGCAUUUCAGGAGCUCGAAACGCUGAACGAUAGGAUGUCCGGGUCGAGCAUCUUGUCUCCCUCCGUGCAACAGGACGCGCCGCUGUGUGAUCCGCCUCGCUUUGAUCUUUCCUCUCCUUCCGCCGACAGCGCCGGUGCCCAGAGCGGCGUGAUCGCCAAGUCGCCGUUUCUUGGGGUAAUGGAGAGGGUUCCACCCGGUGCCUCUCUCAUCUGAAAGCAAAGAAUGGAAAAUGAACUGCUCCUCUCGAGCUCCUGUAUAUGCGCAAUCCUCGCACACAUUUGUCAUACAAAUUCGAGCAUUUACGUCAGCCCAUCGAGGGUUCUAUUCCAGUAAUCUUUACCGAUGAUCCCAAGAAUCGUCUGCAGCAGCGAAGUAUCCUGCUUGGUGAGACCAACCAACGAGCGAACUGGUUUGGUCAGCCUGUUCGAUGUCUGCUUUCACACGUUGUUGAGUUAAACUUUAUGAGUAGUAUUGUUCUUGAGAAAGGGGAAAACACGGAUCAGAGAGGUCGUGACUUCGUCGUUACCCUAUCUUUCCGCCCCCCCCCGAACGUCUUCUUGAUGAAUGCUCUAUUUAUACACCGUAUACGUCGAACUUAA